CCGUUUGCGUCUCUAUAAUUCUUGUUUCAACAGGCCGAACAAUUGCAGUAAUGCUUCUUUCCGAAUGUGAAAUUUGUGGACAACCGUCUCACGGAAACCAUUUUGGGGUGAUUAGUUGCCGAGCGUGUGCGGCGUUUUUCAGAAGAGCCACACUAAACUCAAAAAAGAAAUUAAAUUUGAAUUGUUUCCAUGACAACAACAGUGAGAUUAAUAAAAAUGGAUUUUUCUCGUGUAAAAAGUGCAGACUGAAGAAAUGCCUCGAGAAGGGGAUGGAUGCUUCAAAAUUCCAACUAGACCGUGACAAGAUCACCAAUGCAAUAGUCCCAGUCAACACUCCAGAAAUUAUAACACCAUCCAUAAACACUUUUCUCGGGCGUCCAAGCUUUCUGACACUCUGCAACCCAAUGGAUGAGGACUCGCCGGGGCCUAUCAGGAACAUAAUCGACUGUAACUAUCUGCUGGAUCGGGCCACUGAAAUUUUGAAAAAUGGAAGCUGGCAGCCUUACAAUCCCGAGAUGACCAGCCUCGAAAAAAUAUCCAUGGGAUUUGAGAAUAUGCGCAUUUUGAAAUCUUCCAAAUUGCACUACUUGACGCAUAUGGGCAAGGAUCAGACAAUGUUGAUUUGGGAGCAGGAAAUGUUGAGUACAGCUGAAUGGCUCACCAAUUUCCAGGAAUUCAAUUCGCUCCCAACCAACGUCCAGCUAGAAGUGAUAAAAUCCAUCUGGCAAACCUACGGAAGAUUCGAGAAGCUCGCCAGAACCGCAGAGUUUCGUAGGAAGAAGCUGUUCAAGAACAACAAUGUAUUCAUGGUGGGCGAUGAAGCUUGUCUGGAUACCGAAAACGUCGAAGUUGACGUUUCGUGGUUUUCCGAUUAUACCUACGAGCAGGUUUCUUAUUUCAUGGAUUGCUUCCACAAUGAAAUUUUCCUACAAAUUGUCAAAGAAUUCGAAGCCCUAAAUCCCACCACCACUGAGCUGAACUUCAUGCUGCUCCAAGUCUGCCUUCAUCACGCCGGGAAGAAGCUUCAAGGUGACGUGGCAACUAUGACGGAUUACCUGGAAGAAGUGAUUUCCAAUCAGCUACAUCACUAUUACCAGGAAGUUCGGAAACUGCCAAAUUACUCCGCCAGGCUUGCCAGAAUGAUGAAAGUCAAUAAUUUGAUGAGGACGGAUCUUCGACAAAAAAGUGAAAAGGCCAAGCUGGCGAUGGCUUUUGAUGUGUUUAAACUUCAAUUUUCGCAUCCAGAAAUGAUGUGCUAAUCCUAUAAAAUUAUUAUUUUUUGUACAUAGUUUCUCCAAUAAAAUGAUCUCUAUA